AUGAUGCACUGGCAGUUUCCAGGCGACACUUGUGAGAGUCACUGCACUGAUGAUGAUUGCUGGGCUGUCCAGCCUUUCUCAGCUUUCGUCACUAUCUUUACAGCCAUUGGAUUCUUUGCCUACCUUUUGCGAUCCAUGUACUACGGAGCGUCCUUGGGACAGUGUCUCGGAAUAUUCGGCUUUGGCGCUUUUGAAUUCGUUCAUGGACUGUCCCAUCGAUACGCGCACUUUGAGUAUUUCGAAUACUACCAGCACACUGUAUUCUACUUUGUGAUUGUGGGUGUGUUUGCGGCUCUUUACGAGGCAACAGGCCACAUGCCAAAAGCAAAAUACUGGAGUACUGCCUUUUGCGCUACAAUUGUGUACGACUUGUGGCUUGUUGUGAAUUACAAGGUGACCCUCUACAACAUCAUCUUGGUAACGGUGAUGUUUCGUUUGCUCAUUGCAGGAUUCCUCCCUCAUUUGGACAAGCUUUCUCAGCAGCGGUAUGAUCAUCUCACGGCACCUCAUCUGACACUGUUGGCAGUAUUUAUCAAUGAAGGAAUCAACUGCGAUCGAAUGAUUGAGUGGACCAGCCCAGAGUUUCCCUUUCACUUUCUGUUUGAAUCUUGCUCUGCUGUGUAUUUCUACUACUUUGUACAGUUUCUCAUGGAGUGCAGAGGCAAACAGAACAGCAAAGGAAAAGUUGGAUUGAAAAGGUUUCUUUGA